UCUCACUCACUUACUAACGUUCCUUUUCUCGACGUCAUGGUGUCUCUACAUAACGGUAUAAUUGAAACUGACCUAUUUACUAAACCCACGGAUAAACAUCAGCACCUUCUCAGCUCAUCAUGCCAUCCUCACCACACUAAGAAAGCCAUUCCGUUCAGCUUAGCCCUCCGCCUCCGCCGUAUCUGCUCUACAGACGCGAAGUUUAAACAUCGCAUUAAUGAACUUAAAAUAUAUCUCCUUGCUCGUGGUUAUAAUAAUAAUUUCCUUGAUAAACAGUUCCUACGCGCUGCUAAUAUUUCUCGUACUAACGCGUUACAGACUAAACCCAAAGCUUCUAACGAUGUUGUACCAUUUGUUGUCACAUAUAACCCAGCACUUCCACGCAUUUCUAAUAUCCUACGCAAACAUUUUAACAUCUUGCACUCGACUAACCGUUACAAAGACGUCUUUAAGCAACCGCCUUUUGUUGCUUACAGACGUAGCUCUAAUCUUGGUGACCUUUUA